CUCCCGCAGUGGUUCCAAUAAAGCAGCAAUGUCGUGGCUCUUCCUGGCUGUGUGGGGGCGGGACCGGCGCUGGGCGGUGCGGGCCGGCCCUGCCCCGGCCGCGGCCCCUCCCCGCGGGCGGGGGGAGCGGAGCGCGGUGCUCGGUGCCCGGUUCCCGCGGAGUCGGCGGGAUGUGCGGCCGCACCGCCUGCUCCCUGGCCGCCGACAACCUGCGCCGGGCCUGCGCCUACCGCGACCGCCGCGGCCAGCGCCGCCAGCCCGACUGGGUGCGGCAGGAGCGCUACCAGCCCUCCUACAACAAGGGCCCGCAGUCCAGCGGCCCCGUGCUGCUCUCCCGCCGCCACCUCCACCAGGAUGCUGACUCCUCUGAGCGGGUCCUCAUGGACAUGCGCUGGGGCCUGGUGCCCUCCUGGUUCAAACAGGACAACCCCUCCAAACUGCAGUUCAACACCUCCAACUGCCGCAGCGAUACCAUGCUGAGCAAGUCCUCCUACAAGGGUGCUCUCCUCAAGGGCAAGCGCUGCGUGGUCCUGGCAGAUGGCUUCUACGAGUGGCAGCAGCAGCAGAGUGGGGGGAAGCAACCGUAUUUCAUUUACUUUCCCCAGACCAAGGAUGCCAUGGACAAGGAGAUGGAGGGAGAUGAAGAAUGGAAAGGAUGGAGGUUGCUCACUAUGGCUGGGAUUUUCGACUGCUGGGAGCCACCAGGGGGAGGAGAAAUGCUGUACACUUACACCAUCAUUACCGUGGAUGCCUCCAAGGACGUGAGCUUCAUCCAUCACAGGAUGCCAGCCAUCCUGGAUGGGGAUGAAGCCAUCAGGAAAUGGCUAGACUUUGCUGAAGUGCCAACCCAGGAAGCUGUUAAACUCAUCCAGCCCACAGAGAACAUUGUUUUCCACCCAGUGUCCACCUUUGUCAACAACAUCCGUAACAACACACCCGAGUGCGUUGCACGCAUCGAGCUGGGAGCCAAGCAGGAGGUCAAAGCCACCCCAAGCAACAAAGUGAUGCUGGACUGGUUAAAAAGCUCCCAAGAGGGCUCUCCCCAGAAGAAAGAAAAUGAUUUGCCCAAGUGGACAAGUCAGUUCAUCCACAGCCCUUCACCCAAGAAAACCAGCGCAUCUGUCCUGCAGCAGUGGUUGGGGAAGCAGGGACAGCCAGCUGCAAAGAAGCACAAGGCUUAGGCACCAGCUGAGAUGGCUGGCCAUCCCUUUUACUGCUGCUGCUUUUCCUAAGCAGAGUGAGAAAUGGUAUUUUUGGAAGACUGAUGUUGAACCUGUCCAAGCCUCUCAGGUGUUGAUCUGCUGUUGAUCUUCCUUGUGUUUUGUUAAAGGUUGAUGUCUGUAAAGGUUUUGGUGUUGUCUUGUGCUGGCAGGAGCGAGUGUAGCCUGUUGGCUUCCCUCUCUGCCAGUAAUGCCAAGCGAAGAUAAAGCUCUGAGAAGCAUCUCAGCCUGCUAGGGGAGGAAUAGCUUCUGCCUCCUGACAGUGUUCAUAGUUCAUGUCUCUUUCUGUUUGGUUUUCUCUUCCCUUUUUUUAGUGUUAAACUGAUACCUCUUUUCCACUUAAUUCCACAUUGACAUACAAUCUGUACAAAUUCCUUUCCAAUACUCUUCCCCUCAAAAGAUGGCUGCAGUACUGAGGAACAAGCAGUAAAUACUGUGAGGAAACCCCAGGCUGGGUAGAUCUGCCAGAUCCACCCUGCUCUGCACCAGCAUUGUUGUGUGCAUUCAUGGCUCCUAAACAGAGAGAUGUUCAAGUGGUACCUGGGAGGAGCUGGAAUUUGUGUAGGUUUUUCCCUGCUGCAGCAGGGUGGAACAGUGUGUCUGUCACGUUGUUUGUACAAUCAUUUUGUUAAUGGGAUUUGAAGACUUAGAGAGGAUUUCCUUGAUCUGGGGAGGGAUGCACUCUGCCUUAUUUUAAAAGGCCAGUCAUUAAAGCCCCAGAUAACCUAAGUGCCAUUACAGAACAGCACAGGGCCGUUGUUUUUGAGGUCAGGGAUUUUGUAAACAGAGCCAGAUGUUACGGACCAAAAGCCUUACAUGGUGGAAUCCUUGAUAGAAAUCAGUACUUCCUUUGUGUUGGAAACAAUAAAAUGGGCUUCACUGGC